GUUGUUUGUGUAUAUCACGAGGAAAAGGCAAGAACCCAGAAGAAACUUAGGGAGAGCUAUCACUUAAUCUGCUUAGACCACUCAAAGGGAGGGGAGGGAGAGAGAGAUAGAUAGAUUUUUAAAUCAAAUUGGCAUCGAAUCUGGGUAUAGGGAGAUGUUAGGGUUUGUAGGAGUUGGAAAGGGAAAUUAGGGUUUCGUGUUUUUUUCUCGAUAGGCUGAUGGAGAUGCUAGGGGAAAUCGAAUUCAAAGGGACAUGAUUUGGAGACCUGAAUCAUUUGCAAAGAGCUGGAUAGAAAUCGGUUUCGGGCAACUUAAUUCUAUUGUAGAUGGCUGAAAGAAGAGUUGGUAAGCGCUCAAUGGGUCAGAGAGGUUUUUCAAAAGUGGAGUCUGGAACUUGUAAUGUUUGUUCUGCUCCUUGUUCAUCAUGCAUGCACCGUAAUGUAGGUUUCACAGGACCAAAGUUGGACGAGUCAUCAGAUGAAAACUGUCAUGGACUAGUGGGUAGCCAGUGUUCUGUAAACGAGGACGGUCUUUUGCCUUCUUCCAUGGCUAAUGCUCACAACAGUUUAAAUACCACUACUAGUGAAGCAAGUAAUCUUGUUAAUUCCAGUCAUGAUGCUCUCUCUGAGAGUGCUGAGAGUAAGGAAACUAUAAGAUUUUCUGGGAUAUCAGAUGAUUCAGGAGCUGUUGCGAUGACGACUUCUAAGACAUCUCUAUCUGGGAGCAAGAUGAAACAGAAAGUUUCUGAACUAGCUAAGGUGUUAGAUCAGAGCUCUAAUUGUGUAGAGGGACAGGAAGAUGGGACAUUUUCUGAUGAUCGAGCCAAAAAAUCAAAUUCAGGUUAUCUGAAUAACAAGAUGGGCAAUAAAGAUUCAGCUGAUGGUUCAGCUCUGGUUUCUGAUCCAUUAAUUCUGGGUGGCUCUAGGAAAGAUGAAGUGAAAUUACAAUCUUUGCAUAAUUCAUCAUCCAACCAUGAGGACAGAGUCAGUUCUGAGAGAGGAAAUUUCAAGGAAAAAUCAGGAUCAGGGGGUGACAAACAGAGAGAGGAAUCUUCAGUUGAAGGAUCUACACGUUCAGGCGAGAAUAGGAAGGAUGGUAAGUCAAGUAAAAGCUCUUCGUUAAAUAAAUCAGAUGAGCCAGUCUCAUCAGCUGUGUCUGAGAGCGAGAGUGAUGACUCUGAAAUGGUGGAACAUGAUGUAAAGGUUUGUGAUAUAUGUGGAGAUGCUGGUCGUGAAGAUUUACUCGCUAUCUGUAGUGGAUGCAGUGAUGGUGCAGAACACACCUAUUGCAUGCGGGAAAGGCUCAAUGAAGUUCCUGGGGGUGAUUGGCUAUGUGAAGAAUGUGCUGAGGAAGCUGAAAAGCAGAAGCAAGAGGCUAAGAGAAAAAGAGAAACUGAGGUAACCCUCAAUACACACAGCUCCGGCAAAAGGCACAUAGAUAAAAUUGAGGCAUGUCCAGAUGCAAAAAGACAGGCAGUUGAGGCUUCAACUGGGUCACCCAAGAAACCUAUUCUCCCCAGAGUAGGUGCCUUAUCUCGGGAAACUUCAUUCAAGGGCUUAGACAGGUUAAGGGGAAAGCUAAACCAUCAAACAUCAUUCAGUGAUGACACAGAAAGUGUACGAUCUACUGGUUCACAGCCCCAACCUCCUAAAGGUGCAUUUUUGAAAUCCAGUUCCUUCAAUUGUUCGAGCUCAAAACCGAAAGUACAACUUAUGGAUGAUGCUAUUCACCCAAGACAAAAGACUGCACUUGAGUUAAAGGAGAGAAAUAUUGGAAAAUCAAUGUCAAGUAGAACUACAGAUCAAGGGAGUUCUAGUGGUAAUGACUCACACACAAAAAUGAUUGGAUCGAAAGUUUAUCAUUUGCAAGAAGGCAAAAGCUCAAAGCAAAUGAAAGAUCGUGGUACAGAAGCUAAUGUGUCAACAUCCUCCAUUGACCAGAAGUUGAAAUCACGUGGCAAUUCGUCUGUUUCACAUGCAAACAAUAAUCGUGAUUUCAAGGGUUUGCAGUCUGAUGGUAAACGAGGUAGCUUGACAAAACAAGUCAGUAAUCUUAACCGAAACCGUCUAGAAAAUCCAGUUGCGGCGGGAGGGGAUAUUUCCACAAAUGAAAAGUGCAGUGCCAGCGAGCAAAGUUCAAGUCAAGCUGACUGUAAGGACGAACUGCCAAGCCACGGUACUGUAGCUUCUCAUGAUGGAUUACCUCGGUCCAGGGAAUCUAGAGAGGUAGGGAAGAAAAGCAAAGAAUUUGGUAAACGCCAAAGGUCUAGCCUGUUAUCUGGUGCAAAAGGCUUACCAUCAUCUCAAAAGGGAGGUCAGACUGUAGAAUCUAGUGACACCCCAGGCGUGCCUGAUAGUGAUCUCUCUACCACAAAAAACGUUAAGGAGGAUAUAAAUAAGGGUAAUAGGUUACGAGCAGCAGUAGAUGCUGCUCUGCGUAAAAAGCCCAGCUUUACCAAGAACAGAGGAUUGGAACAAGCUGAUGCGUCUUUGGUACCUAAUGUGGAUUCUAGUUCUGAUAAGACUCCACGAAAUCAAUUGCCUUCAAAGAUGUCUAAGAAUUAUGUAUCACACGAAGGAGGGCAUCCAACUCUAUGGCCUGCUUCUGAUCUGCACAAGCAGACAAUUGUAACAAAUGAGAAGCAGCUUGUACCCUCUGGUGCUGAUACAAUACCUCCACGAUCUCUGGAACUUGAAGUCAAAUUUCCCUCUACAAAGCCUGUUAUGAGAGAUUUUCCUUUAGUUCCUUCACCUGUUAUAUUGAGAAGCUCAGCCAUUCCUGACCAUGAGUCUAUAUGGCAGGGGGACUUGGAGGUGCGGAAAAUCAGAAACCAGUCAGCUAUGUGUAGUGGAAUGCAAGCACAUCUAUCAACUUUAGCAUCACCCAGGGUUGCUGAAGUGGUGAAUAAAUUUCCAGAAAAAUUCUGCUUGAAUGAAGUACCUCGGCUGAGUACAUGGCCAGGACAAUUUCAAAAAUUAGGUACUAAGGAAGACCAUAUAGCUCUAUUCUUCUUUGCAAAGGACAUUGAGAGUUAUGAGAGAAAUUACAAGCCUCUGGUAGAUAACAUGAUCAAGAACGAUUUAGCCCUGAAAGGAAACCUUGAUAAUGUUGAGCUUUUGAUUUUUGCGUCCAACCAGCUUCCUUCAAAUUGCCAGCGCUGGAACAUGUUAUAUUUCCUUUGGGGUGUAUUCCGAGGAAAAGAAGAGGUUUGCAGUAACCCUCAAAAGAACACAUCUUUGCCUACUUCAAAUGUUUUGCCGCGAGACAGAGACCCCAGUGAGCUGUGUCAAACGAGUUCUCCUUCCAAUCAUUUGGAGAAAGUGUCUUCUCUACCUGAGAGUACAAGCAACAUAAUUGAAACUCGGAAUGGGACAGAUGCACUUGGUCAUGAGAAUCCAAGUAACAUAGUAUCCUCAAUCGAGAGAACACUGAGCACAAAGGAGGAAAUUGCUCCCAAUAUGGAAGAAGGAGGUGUGAAUCAUAUCCCUCAUCAAGCUACUGGAACCAAUUCUGGAGAUAGUCUAGUGAGGAAGGUCCAGCAAAUUGGGGAACAAGAAUUAGGUGGUAGAAAGGAUCUGCCUUUGACUGUCAUGGGCUCAGGGAUCGAGUCCCAUGGCCAAGACAGUCCUCUAGAAAAAGAUCUCAACUGUAGUCCGGCUACUCACAGGAAGCGUUCACUUUGGGAACUGACAAGACCCACCAACGAGUAUUCCUCUGCCAUAAACCAGAAAGUGGAGCUCAAUAAUGACGGUUUAUGCGAAGGGUCCCCGAAUAAGAAGCUUAAGACAGAAAACAGAAGCAGCAGUUUCUCGCGGGAUACAUCUAGUCAUGAUUCGGGGAUCAUGAAGAAGAGUAGUCCCAAAGUCGUGUUUCCCUUGGACUUGAAUGUCGAAAGAGACGACAGCGAAAUGGUUGAUAAUCUCAUCCCGCUUGGCAAUGAAAACAACAACAGUGAGAGACGGUUAACAAGCGGUAGAGUCCCGAAUCUGGAGCUGGCAUUAGGAGGCGAGGAAACAAAUGAAGCAGACACAAUGGGAUUAUUGCCAUUCUUAGGGGGAAGUAGCAACGCUGGUGAACAAAGUAGCAAUAAUAGUAAUAUGAAUAAAGAAAAAGAGAAAGCAGAUGUAGGAGAUGAUGAUGACGGGGAGGAUGCAGCUUCUCUGUCUCUAUCACUCUCAUUUCCGGGGAACGAGGAGAGGAAGAAUGUGAAUGCUCCGUUGUUUCUGUUCAGAGACCUUCCCAGAUGAGAAAAAAAAGUUAAGUUAUCGUUAAGUUUACUCAUUUUGUUAAAAAUAUUUUGAGUGUCGUAAGUUGCUGUUAUUUUUGUUUUGGUUGGUGAAGACUCCAACGAGAUAAGUCACAGGUUUGUAUAUAAAAAUGGUGAUGGGAUAGAAAGGAUACCGAAUGUUUCUAAGAAAAUAAUAAUAAUAAUUGGUUGAUAUAUAUAAACACA